AUGGUUUCUGCGCAGGGAUGUGGACUGGUCAAUGCGAAGCUGGACGAAUUCUUCUGGGAAUGGCUCAUGCAGCCGGAGUCCAUGCAGCUCCUACGGCAGAUCAUCCACAAUGCAGAGGAUCCCACGGCAGAGAUGUCGUGUGUGGUUUGGGCCAUGGCUUGCCUGAGGGCGGUAGUGGCGGAGGCCGACGACAUCGGCUGCCUCGAAGAAGAGGCUGCCUUAUCCUUGCGGCAGCUCAGAGUCAAAGGUCAAAGUCGAGACGGGGAGCAAGAUUCCGUGGACUCGCAGAGCUCAGAGCUUGAGCUUGGCCUGGGCCUGGACAGCUCAACUGCAGAUGUUGUGGACCUGUCAUCUGAUGCCGACUCUACCAAGCAAGCCGGGAUGCCAAUGAUCUCUUAUCCAAAGGAGUACUGCAAGCACUGUGGUGAAAUGGCCUUUUGCCACCGCGCGUCAAACCCGGGUUGUGGUGGAUAUGCAACAAGUGGAGUGGCCAGCUUCAACAAUCGCAUCCGGGCACAGGGAUGCACCAUAGGUCCCGUCCUCACAGUGCCUCGAUCAUACGUCCGGGAUAUCUCGGCCCUUGCGAAGACUCCGGGCGGUUUCGAGACCCUUGUGCAAAUGCUCCAGAGCGGUUUCCGAUUGUACGAAGGGAAAGGACAUAGUGGCCCAGUGCCACAGGUGAGCUCAAGUCCCCAUCAGCUCCACAUCCGUGGAUCCCCCGUCGGCGGCAGGCCGUCGCCACCUGGAUCUCCUCAUCGGACAAAUGUCGGCUUUAGCAGAGAAGGCGACGCGGAGCCUUCCAGCCACUUCCAGCCGUCAUCACCAGGGCACAGUCCUCCUGUGAGUCCUGUGCCAGGACCUCCACCGCCCAAGGAGACGGAUGUGCUGUCGCCUCCGCCGGAGCAUCCGAUCAGCCCCGGCAGUGGGCCAACAGGCGUCAAGAAUUCGAUGAUUGCAACGAAUGCCAAGACCAUCCCUCGUUUCUGGUGGCCCAAGCGCGAUCAAAUCUCCGAGCUUGGCCAGGAGUACAAAGACCAGAUUCACGACAUAUUCGUGAAGCAGGGCAUCACCGACGGGCUAAAGAACUGGGAGCAGUGCGAGCAGAUUGUGACUGAUGUCUUCAAGCUGUCGAAGUAUUUUGCCGCCCCUAUUUUCCACAAGAUGAAGGCCUUCUAUGACAUCGUUGACCGCAGCGCAAUUUCCAAGCGCGAUGCCAUGAUGGUGCCUACGCCCGUGCCGAUCACAGAAAUGAUGGUGGUUGGUUGGGCGAACCGGAAAAUCCAGCCUGAUGAUCCGACCCUGAGCUUCUUCUCAGUGGUCAAGAAGGACCACAAUGACUGGAUCGAGAAGGAGGACUUCGACGUCUUCCUGCAUGCUAUCUUGAUGACCCAUCCAGGCUUAGACUUCCUGCUGGAUACACAGGAGUUCCAAGAUAGAUAUGCCGAUACGGUCACCAGCCGAAUCUUCUACAUUUACGAUAGGAAGGGGACGGGCAGAAUCUAUCUGCAAAAUCUGCGGCGGUAUCAGCCGUCCAUCGUGGAGACAUGGAAGCAGCUAGAGGACUACGAUGACAUGAAGAUGAUACGCGACUAUUUCAGCUAUGAGCACUUCUAUGUGAUCUACUGCACGUUCUGGGAGCUGGACUCCGACCACGACUUCCUCUUAGACAAGGACGACCUCCUGAAGUAUGACGGGCACGCGCUGUCUAGAAGAACAGUGGACCGGAUCUUCAGCGAGGUGACAUGGCGGUUCACGUCGGCUGUUCCCGGCAAGAUGGGCUACGAGGAUUUCAUCCACUUCCUCUUGAAUGACCAGGAUCAGAUAACCGACAGAUCAAUCGAGUUUUGGUUUAACAUCUUUGACUUGGAUGCAGAUGGUGUCGUUCGGGACUAUGAGCUGAAGUUCUUCUACGAGGAGCAAGUGCAGCGCAUGGAGUGCCUGAACUACGAAACCAUCGCGUUUUGCGAUGUCUUGUGCCAGCUGCAUGACAUGAUCUGCCCGAGAGUUGCUGGAGAGUUCCGGCUCGCGGACUUCAAGCGCAAGCGCAAAUUCGCCGGCUCUUUCUUUUCGAUUUUUACGUCACUAAACAAGUUCAUGGCCUUCGAGAACAGAGAUCCGUUCCAAGCCAAGCAGGAGCAGAUGGAGAAUCCGAACUCCACGAGCUGGCACCGGUGGUGUGCGGAUCAGUACCUUAGGCUUGCCAUGGAGGAAGGUGAAGACAUGGACGAAGGACAGGCUGACGGAUAG